UCUUUUCGUGUCUUUGGAGCACUUUGGAUUUGGAGUAGCGUGUUUGCGGAUGAAGUGAACCACUAUCCUUUCCCGUAGAGGGACAUUGAGUGAUUCUCUAGCUUGGUAAUAAAAACUGGUGAAACAAACGUGAUAGUCCACUCCCUCUUCUGUCUCUGCCAGGAACGCGUUGGCAACACUGACGCCUCACUCCAGAUGGCUUAUCUCCAGAGAGUAAACUCACAAUUCACAAUAGUAAACGGGUUUUUGAAACCGGCUUGUACUCGAAAUGUUCAUUUAAUUAUCGGUUCAUCAAAGGCUGCACUUUAGUUUUUCUUCCGAGAAAAUUAGGAACAUUAAAAAAAUGACCGAGUAUAAACUCGUUGUCGUAGGAGCUGGAGGUGUUGGGAAAUCAGCACUUACUAUUCAAUUAAUACAAAAUCACUUUGUAGACGAAUACGAUCCUACCAUAGAAGACUCUUAUAGAAAACAAGUAGUCAUAGAUGGGGAAACCUGUUUGCUAGAUAUAUUAGAUACAGCCGGCCAAGAAGAAUACAGUGCUAUGAGAGACCAAUACAUGAGAACAGGAGAAGGAUUUUUAUUAGUCUUUGCAGUUAAUUCUGCAAAAAGUUUUGAGGACAUAGGAACAUAUCGCGAACAAAUCAAGAGGGUGAAAGAUGCGGAAGAAGUGCCAAUGGUUUUAGUUGGUAACAAAUGCGAUUUGCAACAGUCAUGGGCAGUCAAUAUGGCCCAAGCUAGAGAAGUCGCUAGGCAAUACGGUAUUCCUUUCGUGGAAACUUCAGCCAAAACGAGAAUGGGAGUAGACGAUGCGUUUUACACAUUGGUCAGGGAAAUACGAAAAGACAAGGAACAUAGAGGAAAGGAAAAGAGGAAACGGAUAAGAGCAGGAAGCUCGGGUCGCAGAAGGCCUAAGUGUUGUCUUCUUUAAUUUUCAAAUUUUAAGAGUCAACGUCCAAAAACCACUUGUCAUACAAAAAAAAGAAUGCAAGAGUGCAGUGUAAAAAGCUUUAGGAUACAUUUAAGUUGUGCACAUUUUGCAGCUUACUUUACAGUAUACCGAAUGAAUUAAAAGCACAAUUUUUUAAUGACGCGCAAAAGAAAAAUGACUCAUAGUAUUAACUCUUAUAAAAACGGCUUACUUGACUAAAAGUCUGAAAAGCUCUAAUGUUAUUAUCCGAAAGAAAAAAAAGUUUCUUAACCCUUGAUCGAAUAGAAUAAUUUAGUCUUGCGACAGUGAUAAUUUAAGCCAUACGCCGUUGCCACAACUUGCACAAAUUGACUAAAAGCUUUAAGUCAUUACGUAUAUUUUUUAUACAAGCUUUUUCAAUCUUUUUAUUGACUGCUGUGUUUACAUUUGACAUUCAUCACUCGAUUUUUGUGCCAACAGUCGAUAGGUCUAUCAAUUAGAAUGGUUUAUUAUUAAUAUUUUUCAAUCCUUGAAAUUAUCUAAUUGCUUUUAAAGUGUUUUUGACAAACGACGAGCGAUAAUUUCAGCUGUAAACACAGAAUUUUUACUAUGCAAUUUUCUCUGACAAUAAGGUUAGUAAGAUUUAUUGCAGAAUUUCAAUGAUAGUUCUGCGAAGUGCUUCUUACAGUUAUGCCAUUACGCAUAUUGAUUUUAUUACUUGUGAUCAAGGGUUAAUGACUUCAGAAGGUCAUAGAAAACUGUACAAUUCAUAUAAUUCUCGUAAGUGUGAACGCGCAAAUUUGUAAGGAUAGUGUUUGACUAGGAAAUAAAUCGCGAAGGAAUCGUACAGCACAGAUAUUUCGAUAAGAUUUUUAUUCUGUAAUAAUUAAACGUUAAAGGUUUAAUUUUGGAAAGUGUAAAGUUUAGUGAAUAUAAGAAACAUUGAAUUGAAGAACAAAAUCAUCCGUGCUGUUUAGGUUUAUAUUUUACCACAAUUACUGGUUUCAAAUUUGGGGAUAAAGCUUAAAACUCGAUCCUGUCUUUGUUAUUUACAAUCGAGUUGAAAGACUGCGCUUUAAAAAAAUCCCGUUUGAAACCGCCUUUAAGUUACGUAUCUUGCUAAUAAGGAUCUGAGCGCCAAGAGAUCCAAUUGUUUUUAAAGUUUAUUAAAACUUACUGAUCUCCAAAUUUUACAAGUGUAGAUAUGAGAGUCCUCGCUUUGUUGAUAUUUAUCUAAACAAAAUUCUAGAAGCAGUUUAGAAACUGCAGAUAAAAAAAUCAAUUAAUUUUUUGUAAAUUGAUUUGACGGAGCUCUUUUAAAUAAAUUGUGAGUAGAUUUUAUUUUGAAAUUAUAUUUUACAAUUAUAUUUUAGAAUUAUCAAUCGUUCGAUUUGUUAUUAACCCAUUCAAAGCAGCCUUUUUACAAAUCGUGAAAUUUCGUCUAUGAAAUUUUAUUUACGUAAGCUUACUUUCUGUAGAGAUUUAUAAAGUUCUUUUGAAUAUUUAAAUUAGCUGACUCUGGGGUCAAAUAAUAAUCCAAUUUUAGAACAAUGCUACGAAUGGGUUAACUCGAUAACUAUUUUGUCUACGUGAAUGAUGCACAAUGUAAUCAAAUAUGUGCAUAACCGGGUAUAAAAUUGUGGUUGUUUUGCCUGUUUUUAAUAAUUGUGUGUACGCACGCUUAAUCCUUUUUUGAAAAUAAAGCUGGAUUAACGUCGAGACACUCGUACAGUUGUUCGAUCAUGUCAGGUUGUUACAUUUUAAAUGUUUUGUCUACUAGGAUUUAAAGUUUCAAAUUAAUCUUCCAAAUAAAUGUAGAUAUCGUUUUUAUUAUGUAUGUGCGACGAAAUGUCGUAAGCCUUAAUCGGAUGCAUGUUUCGACACUCAUGUGAAAGUAUUUGACUAAACUUUUUAAGUAUGUGUAGAUCCUACUUCAACUUUGACUCAUACUUUUUCCUAAACAAUUUAAUAUCGUUUGUAUUCAACGUGGAAAGUUCGACGAGAUUACUUUUCUAGUUGGUCAUAUAAUGGCGUUUAAUGAUCAAAUCACAGCAACGAUUCAAGUGUAAUAAACUACACGUAAGGAUUCCAAAUAAAAAAAAGUUUAUACGUA